CAAAUAUACUUAUUAUUGUAUUAUCUACAUUAUAUAAAACGUUUUUUGUUGACGACAGGUACACGUUAAAGGUUGGAAUAUUUACCAAGAACACUAAGUGGCCUAAAGAUUGCAGAGUUCUUACUUAUAUUAAUUCAGUCUAAACGCUUCGGUAUAGGUCACCGCCAUAUAAGUAUCAUGUCAUAGAUAAUGGUAUAGAUUGUAUAGAGUCCUGUCCUAAGACGUGGUCCUGAUUUCAGCUCCGGAGGCUGACGUCUCUGUUUCCAGCAGAUUGUUGUUGUUCCCGGCUCUUGCUCAGACAGUGAUGUGUUUGUUUUUUGUUGCAGCGCUGCCGAUGAUGAGGGUGAUGAUGUGCCUAUGAGAAGAAGACGAAGAAGGCUUCUGGAUAGAGACAAGCCGCCCUCCUCCCCCUCCACCUCCCAGUGAGCCGGUAGAGGAGGAGUCUGCGGAGCCCAGUGUUGAGUUCAGAUUCCUACUGAUCACUGGCUGAACCUCCACAGCCUCAGGAGGAGCAGGAUCAGCAGCGCUCUCCCGAAUACACCAGAUCGCACGCUCUGCUGGAGAUAAGUAACGUCAGGAAGAAACCUUGUCCCCUCCUUAAGUCAAGGGAGAGAGCGAGAGUUAAAGGGACCUCAUCUCUGCUGGUUUGGAGUUUGAGGGUCCAGUCCUUCUACCCCUGGAGAUGCUCCAAAGAUCAUUCCUCUUCUCAGUCUGUUCUUGGGGCAUCCAUUCCCGAAGAAGGGCCAGACACCCCGAUCACAGAUACAUAGACGGGCGAUAAAAGACUUCGAAGCUGCAGACUUUUUGCCUUUGCUUUAAAACAAGGGCGAAAAUUCCUCCCGACCCCCCCCCCCCCCCCUCCUCCUUCCCAACUCUGCAAGUCCCAUCUGCUUUCUCUUAACCUAACGCUUGGAGAAAUAUCCUGGUCUCGGUGAGUCCCUCAUGGCUUUCCUGACCAAGAAGAAAAAAUUUAAGUUCCAGACGGUCUUUACCCUGGAAGAGCUGACGGCCGUCCCCUUUGUGAAUGGGGUCCUCUUCUGUAAGGUCCGGCUGCUGGACGGAGGGGACUUUGUCAGCUUGUCGAGCAGGGAGGAAGUACAAGAAAACUGCGUGCGCUGGAAGAAAAAGCUGACCUUUAUCUGCAAGAUGAGUGCCAACCCCGCCACGGGCGUGCUGGACCCGUGUAUCUGCAGAGUCUCCGUCCGGAAAGAACUAAAGGGUGGAAAAACAUAUUCAAAGCUGGGCUUUGCCGACCUGAAUCUGUCCGAAUUUGCCGGUUCCGGAUCCACGGCGCGCUGCUGUCUUCUGGAGGGAUACGACACCCGGAACACCAGGCAGGAUAAUUCUAUCCUAAAGGUCACCAUUGGAAUGUCCCUCCUUUCCGGAGACCCGUGCUUCAAAACGCCUCCCUCCACCGCCAAGACUGUGUCAGCCCCUGGACAGGAUUCCUCCCUUCAGAUGACCUGUAAGGGGGAGGGGACGGUACGCUUGACCAGCGGCACCAUGCGCCAAAACAAGAGUCGACAAGCGUUGCUUAGUUCAGGGGUCUUCGAAGAAGCCGAUCAAAAUCUCUCAAGCCCUGAAGAAACUUCUCAUUCGGGCCACUCGCGGAACUCUAGCCAAGCCAGCCAGCAGUCCAAAGCCUCCGGUCACAGCUCCGAACACUCCCGAUGUUCCAGUAUGUCAGACCUGACUCACCGACGCAACACAUCCACUAGCAGCAGCGCCUCCGGGGGAAUCAGCAUUACUGCUGACACGCCUGACGCCGAAAAGGAGUGCAAACCGGAGAAGCCCCCCAGGCCUAUCAGACCUCCCCUUCUUCUUGAGAGACAGUCCAGGAGAAAGAAGGACUCUGUGGAGAGUCACCCCACUUGGGUAGAUGACACCAGGAUCGAUGCUGGUGACAUUGUGGAGAAGAUUAUGCAGAGUCAGGACUUCACGGACGUCAGUAACAAUGAAGACAGUCACCUGAGGCUGUUCGUCAGCAGAGACGGCUCCACAACGCUCAGCGGAAUACAGAUGGCUAACAGAGUCUCUGCGGGAGUGUUCGAGCCUGUGGUCAUCGAAAUCCACUAAAUGCUCAAGAGGCCGAGGAUCCGGUCCGGAGUCCCAUGCCAAGAGCCAAGCGCAUCAUUCCAGGCUGCAGCCGCGAGUCCUCCCCCAUGUGAGGAGAGAUCAGGACACGCAGGUCUGGCAGCCGCAGCAGACUCUCCCCUGGUCCCUCUGAUCUUCAGUCGUCCUGGCACUUGUCCAGUUGUCGUGUGCACAUAUCCAGCGUGUUUUGAGCUCUCCGGCAUGUGACGGUGUUUUCGUCUGCUUCUCAUCACUCCCAAUCUGACCAGGCACAGGGCGAGGACACCCCAGACUCUCAGCGGUCCCAGUCCGCCAUCACCAGGGGGGGGGACAAAGCAUCAUUCUUACUGUGUGACAACUGCGGCCUACUUUUAUAUGUUAUUUUUUUUGCAUGUUCCUUGAAAUGUCUGUAUAAUGUCUGUGUCCGUGCCGUACGGAUCUAACAUUCAGCAGUUCAGAGGAGCCACAUCUGCCUUGUGAGGUUGGAGACUCGGAAAAUGCUGAAUCGGGCAAAAUCGCAACCCGGGGAUCGGUUUUGGGAUUCUUCAUAGGAAGUAUGGCACCAGAAAUGUGAUUUUAUUACUAGGUGUAAUGUAUUCACACGUACAGUAUCUUGCGCAUAUUUGAUGCUGCAGAUUUGAAGCGGUAUUCGGUCAUUUAGUUUACAUUGACAUCUUCAGUUUCAAAUAUGCGCCGGAUACUAUAUGUGUGAAUACAUCCUAAACUAUUAUUGUAUGUACUAAGUUCCACCCUAAACAAUUGAAAGGGGGUGGGGGGGUAGAGGCGUAGCUUGUAGCUUCUGGGCCCCAAAGCAGAAUCUGCAACAGGGCCCCAUUGAUAAUACUGGUCUCUUAAAGGGAUAGUCCAGUGGUGAAA